CUCUCAAAAUUACUACGUCCACCCUCUGUGCCACCGCGUCGCCACACGUUUCGAAUAGUUUGUAAACCACGACGGGAAGAUUGGACGUGUUUCUUCUAGACUCAAGACGUGUUCCAAUUGUUUUACAUUUUUCGUAUCAACUUCAGACAAAGAAAAAACAGCUAUUCUGCUAUGGCAAAAGGAGAAGGAGGUGAGCAGUACUCCAACGCCAGUUUAUUGAAUAAACCGGGCAGCGCGGAUAGCAUCAAGCUCGCCAGGAAGCAUGAGCAUAGGAAGAGGUUGUCAAUCUGUAACAAGAUAUGCUAUGCCAUCGGUGGAGCACCCUACCAGAUCACAGGAUGUGCCCUGGGAUUUUUCUUGCAGAUCUAUCUACUGGAUGUAGCUCAGCUGGAUCCCUUCUAUGCCUCCAUCAUCCUGUUUGUGGGCCGAGCAUGGGAUGCUAUCACAGACCCCACAGUGGGCUUUCUCGUCUCCCGAAGCCCAUGGACACGUAUUGGACGCAUGAUGCCCUGGAUUGUGCUCUCAACCCCUGUGGCUGUGCUUUCCUAUUUCCUCAUAUGGUACGUUCCUCCCUUUGAGAACGGCAAAGUCAUCUGGUACCUUUUCUUCUACUGCAUCUUCCAGACCCUUCAGACUUGCUUCCAUGUGCCGUACUCUGCCCUCACCAUGUUCAUCAGCUCAGAGCAGAAAGAAAGAGAUUCAGCCACUGCAUACAGGAUGACGGUGGAGGUUCUGGGCACUCUUCUUGGUACAGCCAUUCAGGGACAGAUUGUGGGUAUGGCGAAUGCUCCGUGUCUUCCAGGACCCCGUGACCUCGCGGUAGAGCUGAGCAACUCCUCAAUGUCUGUCGGACUCAAUGACUCAGAGCCUGUUAUUUCCCUGGAGCACACGAAAGCCGCCUACAUGAUUGCUUCUGGAAUCAUCAGCCUAAUCUAUAUCCUCUGCGCUGUUGUUCUCUUCUUCGGUGUGAGAGAACAAAAAGAGUCUUGCCAUCCCAGGUCUGAGCCCAUGUCUUUCUUCCAGGGGAUUAAGCUGGUGAUGGGGCAUGGACCGUAUGCCAAACUGGUCAUGGUUUUCCUCUUUACCUCCCUAGCUUUCAUGCUCUUGGAGGGAAACUUUGCCCUGUUCUGCAGCUACACACUGGGCUUCAGAAACGAUUUCCAGAAUAUUCUGCUGGUCAUCAUGCUCUCCGCUACUCUGGCCAUCCCCUUCUGGCAAUGGUUUUUGACUCGCUUUGGGAAAAAGACUGCUGUUUAUACUGGCACCUUGUCUGUGGUUCCCUUCAUAAUCCUGGUGGUGUGUCUGAAGAGUAACCUGUAUGUCACCUACGUUGUCUCCUUUGCUGCCGGAGUUGGAGUGGCUGCUGCCUUCCUGCUGCCUUGGUCUAUGCUGCCUGAUGUUGUUGACGAUUUCCAAGUGCGUAACCCUGAGUCCACUGGCCACGAAGCUCUCUUCUACUCCUUCUAUGUCUUCUUCACCAAGUUUGCCUCUGGAGUCUCCCUUGGCAUUUCCACUCUCAGUUUAGAUUUCGCAGGUUACAUCACUCGAGGAUGCUCUCAACCAGAUGAAGUAGACUUAACCUUGAAACUGCUGGUUUCCGCUGCCCCAGUUGCUCUCAUCAUAAUCGGCCUGAGCAUACUCUACACUUAUCCAAUCAAUGAGGAGCGGAGGCAAGGCAACCGCAAACUGCUCCAAGAACAGCGGAUAAAUGAGGCAGAUUCCGAGACGGACUCAACAGAACUGGCCAACAUGGUCUAGUACAUUUUAGAGACUUACCAACCAAUCGGGUAUUUUGCACUGGGUGGGACCAACAGACUUGAGCCUGUCGGACCAUACGGACACUGCCUUGUCCCAUCACGCUGCUGCUGUUCCACGUCUACAACACUUGAUGACAGAACAGUUCCCCGUGGCGUGAAAUUUACUCCUCUCUUUUGUUCAGUCACAUCUCAAACGCCUUACUUUUUCUAGAACAUACUACAUUUGAGUAAUGCACACAAAAAAAACAUCUUUUUUUUAUUUUUAAUUUGCACAGAACCAUAUGAGAACAUGUUUCAUUACUGCUGCCAUUAUCGGUGCUACUUGCCGGAGUUUUUGUCCUUAUAUGUUACACAUCGAACAUUAAUGACCUUGAGCACUGUGCUGCAAACAAACCGAUGGUUCUGACUGAACAUUAUGAGAAACUUGCACAAAGGGUGAUGACGCCUUAAUUUCAACCCCGUUUUGGGGUUAAAUUCAAAACUGAAAAACUGACACUUGUGUCAGUCACUUGCUCUUGAGUCAUUGACUUGGUGUUUAUUUUGAACAUGUUUAAAUGUAUUUUGUAAUUUUAGAAUUAAUCCUCAUAGUUUACCUAAAACAGUCAGCCAGUUUGUUUCCAUCUUAUUCCCAUCCAAAUUUUUUUUUUCCCUUACCUUAAUAAUGUGAUGUUGGGACUAGCAGCUGAACAAUAAUGGUUGUGCACUAAAGGGCUCCUUCUAGUUCCCCACCAAUAUCCUUAGACCACUACAACAAUAAAAGCAUUUAAUUCACAUAAAUAACUGCAGUGUUUAUCCAGCACUCUUAUAACCUCACACUCUAUAUAGGACAGCUUGUGAAGACAUGAAAUGCUUCUGUCCUCUAAAUGUGGUCAUUUCCAUGACUACAGCUGGUACUAAUUUAGCGACAUCAUUAUUUAAAUAUUUUUUGGUUUUGUUUUUGAUUUUACUGUUUUUGAAUUCAUGCUUCCCUGGAAAGUUGUGUGUCUUGCAGUAGUUAAAUCUAUUUAAUGCCUGUAAGGUUCCAACUGACUUGGAAGUUUCGAAAUGAAGAAAAUGAGAAGGAUGUCAAAUUUAAAACCAUUCACAUGCCUUUUAAUGCAUGUUGCCAUUGCUACUGUCUUUGCUCCUUGUGCAUUCAAAAAGGGAAGCACUUGAGUAUGGGAGGGGGAAGAGGAUUGGAAGAGUUUAAGUGAACUUCUUGUUUCCCUCAAGUGUUUUUUUUUUUUUCCUUUUUUUGUAUAUAUGUUUAUUGAAAAAACAACCAUGAUGCUAUGUGAUCAUCUCAGUCCCUGUCAUCAACGUGUGGAUUGACAUGUUUCAUAUCCAUUGAUAUGGAAAUGUGUACAUACAGUGUCAUAUGUUAUACAUAGUGUUACAUCUUCGACAUGUUGUUUCAGACAACUGUUUUGCCUAUGUGAAAAUUGUCAAAUGUCAUUCAUUUAAUUACUUCUUUCCUCCUUAGAGGUUCCUUAUAUACUGUACUUUUGUCAUGCAAUUUCUCAACACAAAGUCUGUAAUUAUUUAAUGUCCUGUAAAUGUCUUCCGGCCUUGUUUUGUCAGUGCUUUGUCUUUUAUGGAUCUAUCGAUGAACUUCCCUCAUAACUUUUGAGGCUGCAUCCAAAUGUGUGAGCUUUAAUCCUACAAGGACACACAGAAGCCUUGUGCUCAUGCCUCCUUUGCAUAUGUAUAUAUUGUAUGUAAACCUGUAAAUAUCUUUGAUAUUUGUGGCUGCAAGUGAAAUGAACUGAUGUGUUGUAGUUAUUUAAGAAAAGAAAUGUUGAGAUUAAAAAGAUAUUGUUAAUAAAUACUAAUUGAUAAGUGUA